AUCAGAAAAUCUACAUAUUAUGGCUACUGAGCAGUCGAUUUUGGCGGUGAUACGGGCGGCGAGGCCACAAUUCUGCACCGCCUUUGAUAAGGCAGCGUACGCCGUCCACGAGUCAUUUGUUGCCACCGGAUACGUCCUCCACGCCACCGGUCCUCCCGCUUUCGCCGAUGACGCCCUUUCCGUAUCCUGCAAAGAUGAAGAUGGGAUGGAUGGUUGGAACGAUGUCGAAGAUAAUUAUGCGUUUGUAUACUCGAACCCGGAGAAUGGUUCAAAAAGGGUGCUCGUGAAUUGCCUUGUGAUGAAUGAUAAAUUGAUCGUUGAUGUUCUCAAGGAAGGAGAUUCUAAGCCUCUGCAUCUUGAACUGGAUGCUGGUGAGUAUGUCCAAGAGGAUGCCGGGAGCAAUUAUGGUUUGCAGUUCAGGAAUUUGGGGAAGCUGGUGGAAAAUGUUAACAAGGAAAUUUUAAACAAACUGGAUGCUGCUUCGGCUUCUAGCUCGUCAGCGAAAAUCUCUAGUACAGAGGCAAGUAUAAGAGAAGAAAGAGAUCGGCUUAGGGUAGGACCUAAUACAGAAGACCCUUACACGCCCUUACAUCCUGGAUACGUUGUUCCACCAAUUCCUGGUUUUGGCGGCGGUGACCUCUUUUCUGGCCCAGGGGCUGGAAUGAACCCAUCCAGGGGUGAUUUUGGAGGUGGAAGCAUGUUGGUGGGUCCUGAUGAUCCGAGGUUCUUUGGGGAUCGAACUCGUGGCCCUGGAUUUCUACCAGGUGUACCGCCCGGUGCACGCUUUGAUCCUUAUGGACCUCCUAAUGUACCUGGAUUUGAGCCUGGUCGAUUUGAAAAAUAAAACACUAGUCUAAUGUGAUUUAUAUGUGACAC